AUGAGCAAUACAACUAAAUUAAAACCUAAUAAUCAUUUAUUAGCUUAUGAGGCUGCAGAAGCAAAAUGCAAAGAAAAGUAUCCUAAAAUUGAAGUAUUUAAACCAUUUAUACUUUAGGAAUGCAUGGAUAUUUCUAAUUUACAAGUUGAUAUGAAAUUAUGCAAAUAAAUGUUAGAAAAAUUUUCAGAAUGCUUUAAUGUUCAUAAACCAGCUGCAUAUAUAUAAUUAGGAAAAUAAAGAGAAUGA